CUUGCUGCUGGUACGCAAACACUGAACGAGAGCAGGUGCAGUUCUCAUAGAGAAGGCGUGCGCUGGAAUAAUUGCGUUUCCACUGCAGGUUCUGUAGUCUUGUCCUGAAACUUGUCAAGAGGUCUUUCAUUUCAGCUCAGAGAGAAUGACAAGCUGGGGACUUGACAAGCCUCCCAUCCAACUCCUCAUUGGAUCAGUAUUGUAAGCAAAUAAAUGAAACUCGAUUAUUUUGGUACUUGCAAAUCAAGAGUUUCAUUUGCCAGUCCGUGUUGUCCCUGAGAGAAGGUGUGACAAUGUGGAGGCAGCUGGGACCAGUACCAUGACCCUGCCCACACCAUGCACCAGGCGUUGGGGGAGCCGCAGGACGCAGAUCCCCGCGGCAGGGCUCUGUACCAGGCCAGAUUAUACCUGGAGCAGAUCAGGAGCCGAGUCUCCGCAAGCAGGCAGGACGUCAAGCCGGCCAUGGCCAAGCGGGAUUACCUGGUGGAUGCUGCCAAACAGAUCCGCAUGGCGCUGGACCGGGAGAUCAGUGAAGACUACGAGGCUGCAUUUAACUACUACAAGAACGGGGUUGACCUCUUGUUAAAGGGGGUGCAAGGUACAGCGUUGCAACGGCUUUCUGGGGUUGACCCAAACAAGGAGCGCAGGGAAGCAGUGAAACGGAAGACCACCCAGUACCUGAAACGAGCCGAGGAAAUCUUCAACUCGCACCUGCAGGGGAGUCUGGGCAACGCAGACUCCAAAUCCAGGAGUCAGGGAUUCAGUAGCCUGAGGUUUCGAGCAAUCCGAACCCUCAGCUCACCCGUGGAAGACCUGAAGAUGUACAAGGUCACCGGGGUCAUUGACAAGGUAACUCAUGAAAAGCCACAAUACCGUGAACCGAAACCAAGCUGCUCGAUUAAACAAAAGGUGCUCAUGGUCCAGAACCCAACCACAAAGGAGGUGUUUGUUGUCAAAAUCCUCCCCAAGUCUAGCUGGAAAAGCCGUGAGAACCAGACCAUAAUUCCCCAGGGCGUGCCGUUUAUGGUGCGGCUUCUGAGAUACUCCAUCAGUGAGGAUUCAGUCUUCCUUCACCUGGAACAUAUACAAGGUGUGAGACUCUUUUCUCAAAUUCACAAAGCCAGUGCUGAGAGGGUGAAAGAGUACCCUGAGUGCUGCAGUCCCUCUCACAGAAAGAUUAAGCUGAAGAACAGCUACACUGCACCAACGCUGAGGUUUGAUUUUGAGGAAAGCAGCAGAUUAACACCAAACAAAAUGACCGGAAUUACAGAGGACUUGGUGCACUAUUCUGACACAGAACCCCAGACAGAAGGCCAGUCGGAGGGCUUCAACGCUGGAGAUGCUGGGUGUCUGCUCUGCAGCAAGCAUAAUGAAAUGAGUGAGCACUCGCAACACUGUCUUUGCUCGGAAUGCUAUACUGGAAUGGUAAUGAAGACUGAUUUUAUACCAGCAAACAGCAGAGUACAAUUCCAUAGGAACCAGAGCAACCUGUUAGAAUCUCAGGAAUAUAUUGCCCACCAACCAGAUGUGAACACCAGAGACAAACCUAAUGGGGCACUGAAAGUUGCUUCCAUCAAUCUGAUAAGCACUGAAUCUUGUAUUGAAUUUAAUAAAUACAAGACUGUAAAUACUAACCCUUUGGCAAAUGAAGUACCUCAGACAACUGCAACAUCAGUACAAAGCUUCAAUUCUGAGAUGGCCUGUGAAAGCCAGUUGGUGUGUGAGACUGUGACACUGAAACUGGAGGAGGAUUUCUCUGACCCCCCAGUGCAAACUUGGAUGGAAAGUGGCCGCGGUGCGUUGGCCACUGAAGGCACUUCCAAAGUCUCUAGUACAGCCAGGAGGCCUGGUGCAGUAACUGGCCAGUACCUCACAGUGCAGGAUGAGGAGGGGGGAGAGAACUUGAGUAACACUGCUGCCAACCAACAGGAAAGGACAGAAGGGCGUACUGAAUGCUUGGCACCCAUCAGAGUAGAUUCUUCUAAUGUGGAUUCAGCAAACAUAAUGAUAGGUGCGUCCUCAGGGAACAGGCAGGGCCUGAUGAAGUUACCCAUUCACAAUGCUGUUUACCAGGUCUGGACAGACCAGGACCCAGCAAUCCCCAGUGUAAAGGACCCCCAGGUGACCUCGACCAAGGUCAAGGGCCAGGAAGAGGAAGAGGACUGGGAACUGUUAAGUCCUCUGAACAGAGAGAGCGGGGCCUUCCCAGUGACCGGGCAGGUAGAGGUGCUGCCGUGUGUCUUGAGAGGAGCUGGAUCCAAAGCCUCUGAGCUUCUUAAGAAUGGAUAUUGUAGCAACAGCCUGUCUCCUGCAUCCGAUUUGCACAUUGAAGUGGACGGUUGGUGUCUGCUGCCCAAUUUCCUCUCCAGGCAGACCUCUGAAAAGCCCAAGCAAGGCCCCAGGGGCCUCUCUGAAGACCAGGCCCGGCUGUGGGUGGCCCAGAUUCUGUUGGCUUUGGAAAGCCUUCAUGAGCAGGGGAUUGUGUGCAGGGACCUGAAUCCCAAGAACUUGCUGCUGGAUAGCUGUGGACGAGUUCGCUUAACAUACUUUGGCCAGUGGGUUGAAGUUCAGUCCCAGACCAGCAGCAAAGCAAUGGAAGACAUGUACUGUGCACCAGAAGUGGGUGGUGUUUGUGAAGUCACGGAAGCUUGUGAUUGGUGGAGCUUGGGUGCUUUGUUGUAUGAGCUCCUUACUGGAAUGUCCUUGAAGCAGUGCCACCCCUCUGGCAUCCUCCCUCACACCCAACUCCACCUCCCAGACUACCUGAGCACCGCAGCAGCCUCCCUGCUGACCGAGGUGAGGCAAGGGCCAUCGCUGGCUUCAUCUGUUAGCUCCUGCAGUUCGAUGCUGGAUACCGGCUGGGCUCUGGAGGAGGGGGUGUGAGUGACAUCAAGGGCCAUCCGUUUUUCAGCACUGUCCCCUGGCAGAAGCUGAGUGGGUAACCCUCAGCGAGAGAGCACCCACAGGACCCAACACAUUUGCACUGAUGAAGGAACACAGAGCCUAAUAGACCUCUAGAAUCCCUGAACUGGCAGCUGGAAAUGAAAUAUAAAAUGUAGCCAGGUAUCUGAGCACCGUGUGCAUGGUUAAUAGAAUGAGAAAUGCAAAUGGCGGCAUACAAGAAUGUUUUAGAAAUGGAAUCCAACCAAUUUUGGGAACGGGGAACAACAGUAUGGUAUUGCGUACUGCGUGCAAUGGGGUGAGGUCAAACACCAAAACACUACCAUGGAUAUUCGACUAUGCUACAGGCAUUCUAAUUCACUGACUUCCCUCAAAAAUGAGGAUCACUCCCUUCUGUUCAAAAAGAUUUAUCCUCUGCUUAGCAGUCCCAGAAAGGGUAAAAAACGGGAUGCUACCUGCUGAGGCAUCACACUCCACUGUUGUGUUUAUUUUACCCUUCUACAUCAACCAGCAACACCAACUUUCAAUACCUUGUGAUCACCCAAUCUAGGAAUUGUUACUCCAAGAAGACUCUUUUUUUGUCAGGGAUAGCUCAGAUCAUUUAAUUAUAUUACAACCUCACAAUAUGAAGUAACGUCAAAGUGUCAAAAAGACUGGUUUUAAAUCUGUUUUUUAUCUUUUAUCCAGAGCCUCCAUUGUUAUUUAAACUGAUCUCCCAGUCUUGUUUGGGAUGAUGCUAUAUUGUAAAGAGCUGGUAAAAUGGAGGCAGCUUUCUCUUUUCUAAGCAUGCAAAGGGGAGGGGCUUGAGAACCCUUCCUGGGUAGAAUGGUGCGCAGUUGUUUUUGUUUUACAAGCAUCUAACGUAUAAACUGACAAACCUUACAAUAACAAUUGAUAACACACUGUAUCACCAAGAUGAAAUUAAAGGAAUGAAAUAGCAAUUACAUGUAUGUUUCUGUUAUUGAAAAGUCUACAGAUCAGAAAGUAGAACUUCAAAGGCAAUGGAAGCCCUGCACUUGGAUUUUAGUACUUUUUUUGUUGUUGCCUAAAAUAUUCUGUAUAGUUCAAAAUAACCUUGUCAGAUAUUAUUAAAGUGUUGUUCCAUACCUGCUAGGAUAAUCAUAUUUAAAAUGUAGACAAACUUUUGCCACCCAGCGUAUUGUGAAAAUGUUUUGUUGGACAGGCAAUUUUGCUCUAUGCGGAGUCCACUUUAGCGGGUGAGAGUGGGGGAAGUAGAUGUAAUGUAGAGUACACUUAGCAACUAAGAGUCUUUGUUCAGCAAAUGUAUUGUGUACACACUGCAGGUCAUUUAGAGAUGUCGGUAGAAAGCGUUGGUGUUUGUCGUCUGUCAAGGCACGCGCGACUCGCUUGCUGGUUUAUGUAACUGUGUGAUGUAAUAACUGUUCACUUUUAUUAGUCAUUCAAUGGCUGUGUAUUUUUAUAAAUGAUUUGUUUUGUGUUUAACGCUAGACACUGAAAAAUGCACAGAAGGACAGAGGCAUGCAUCUAUGAAGUUGGGUUUUAAAAAUACACUGGAAGAGUUUCAGUAAGGUUUUAGUCCCCUUGCCUCCAAAAUGAAGUAAAAGAUGCAGACCAAGUAAGGAUGCUCAGAAACGUAAUUGUAGAAUUUGGCCAAUAUAGAGAUACGUGACCAGAAGUGUGCUUCUUUAAAUCAGGUGGCACUAGACUCCUUCCAAACUCAUAUCUCUACACAUAAUACAAUGUUUUACUCCUUAUGCUACAAAAUGAUAUCGUGAAAGUCUACAGAAAACCGUAACAGUAAUACAGUAUUUCAUGUUAGAUUUUGAAAUAUCACAUUUUUCAAUUUGCCAGUUUUUCGUUAAGUACA